GGGGGACACACACACUGCACGCCGCAGCACUACACAGCAGUCAAGUCGUUUACGCGCUAAGCUGCGACGUGAUGGAGUCCUCAUGCUGAGUCUCUGGAGGCUACGCAGAGGAAAUGAGCGCAGAGGAUCUACUUGACGGGAUAAGCGCCACCGUCGUCACAGUCGCCACAGUCGCCACAGAUUUCAACGGGUGGCGUGCAAACGGUGGAAUGUGUGCCCUGGUCCAAUCAAGGUUGGGAAAACUCUAGUCUACCGCAUGGGUGUGUGUGGGCGCGCGCACUCACCUGGGCUUCCAGCAGCCAUCCAGCGGUAACUCCCGAUACUCCAUCCCCUACGUCGACAGCUUUCCUGACAGGCCCGAGACCCCGUGACAACUUUGGAGAAUCUGCUUCAGAAAAGCAAGAUGAAGUCCAAGGGGAAAGCUGUGAAAUCCUCCAGAAGAACCUGGUCCGACCCAGAACCAGAACUUGAACCAGACACAGAAGCAGAACCGGGUUCCAGUGAACAGGAAGAUUCAGAGGCCUCUGUGAGGAUUGGUUGCUCCUGGAGAGGUUCCUUGAGGAGCAGGGAGGGCAAGCGGCAAGGAGCGGGGGGAGGUCGUCGGUGCCGGCAACACGGAUCCACCACAAAGGAGCGCAGCAUCCGGCGCCUGGAAAGCAAUGAGCGGGAACGCCAACGCAUGCACAAACUCAACAACGCCUUCCAAGCAUUACGCGAGGCUAUCCCGCACGUGAGGACGGACAAAAAGCUCUCCAAGAUUGAGACGCUGACACUGGCAAAGAACUACAUCAAGGCCUUGACCUCUAUUAUCCUGGACAUGUCGGGGGCCUGCCUCCCCGCUGGCGAGGUCCCCUCUGAGGCCAGCGCCGCCAAGCUGCUCCAAUGCUACCAGAAACAUCUGGAGGAGGAAGGUGAGGAGGGUCUCACCCAAUACCUUACCCAUAUGCACAGCUUAAGCCAACCAAGCUAACAGGCUAGAAGGCCGGUGGACUUUUGAGGGGGCCAAAAAAAAUAUAGUUCCUGCAGGUGCACUGCCAUGAGAUCCAGUCAGGAAGGAUGUGUUCUAUAGGAGCCCAGUUGACUUCAUACAGACGUGCUUGUUGAAUACAACAUGUGGGCUGCUCUUCAUAUUAAAAAAAAAGACACAAUGAAGGGUGAGCUUAAUUUGGACUGUCCUGUCUCUUUUUAACUUUUUUCUUUGGAAGUUGGGAAUGCUUCCUUUAUGUUUUUGUAACAGUGAAAAACUCAUGCCCUUUUGUUGAUUACACACAAAAAAAAGAAACCUGCUGCGCAUUUAGUCAGAACUGUUGAAUCCAGGAAGAGAACACGUGCAUUUAAAUGAAGUGUUUGCUCAUUUGCUCGUGAUGAUGAUGAUGAUCUCCCAUCCCCCUGAGAACACAACUGACUCGUCGGACUUGUCUGCAGAAAUGUUGAUUCAAGGGUUAGGUUAUUUGUAAUACCCCGAGGUAGAAUACUGUACUGAAGUUGAGCUAUCAAUAAAUGUGUAUUUAUUGACUGGUA